CAAUAUCACAAUCUGGAAUAGCAUACUCCAAGAAUCGCAUCCGUUCAAGUCACCGCAAAGAUGGGUGUCACAAACAAGAAAACAAUCACCAAGACAAGGCGCAAGACUCGAGACGUCGACCAGGUCAAGGCCGACCUCAUGUCACCCAAGCAUCUGAAGCAAUUCAUGGAGACAAAGGCUGCUGAGGACCUUCCCGGCCUUGGGCGUCACUACUGUGUUGAGUGCUCCAAAUGGUUCGAUACGGAUGCUACUCUGGUCUCGCAUCAAAAGGGAAAGCCUCAUAAGAGAAGAGUCAAGCAGAUCGCCGAAGGACCAUACACUCAACAGGAGGCCGAAGCUGCCGUCGGCUUGCGAACAGACAACGGCGACCGAAAGCGCACAUUUGUCGACCAAGAUAACGAUUUUGCCAUGGACGCCUAAAUCAUGUCCGAUAAAAUUCUUCAUAGCACGCUAAAAGGGGGAUAUAAAAUCCUAGGGCGCAUCGGAGCUGGGCUUGAUUUUUGACAUUGCAAAUGGCGUUUUGGAAUAUUUCUGUCGAUAUCCCGAUAAUAUUCACCUGACACCUCGACCGCGCGCUCUGGCCAGUCCACUAGGCCGGCUACGUCCAACACCGCGAGUCGAU